AUGAUUGGUGAUCAAUCUAUCCAGCUGCCGGUAUGAGAGCGUGCGCAGGGCUGCGCGGGAGUAUGGCCUCCAGGAGGGGGGCGCAAACGAGGACUGGACCCUCUACUGGACAGACUACGUCAUGCCGCUGGAGAGGGUGAUGGAAAUGAAGAGCUACCAGAAAAUCAACCACUUUCCUGGGAUGAGCGAAAUCUGCCGCAAGGACUUGCUGGCCAGGAAUAUGAGCCGCAUGCUGAAGAUGUUCCCUAAAGAUUUCCACUUUUUCCCCAAGACCUGGUGCCUCCCUGCUGACUGGGGAGACCUGCAGGCCUAUAGCAGGCUAAGGAAGAAUAAGACGUUCAUCUGCAAGCCAGACUCGGGCUGCCAAGGGCGUGGGAUCUUCGUCACGCGGACGGUGAAAGACAUCAAGCCAGGGGAGGAUAUGAUCUGCCAGCUCUAUAUUUCCAAGCCCUUUAUCAUCGACGGGUUCAAGUUUGACCUGCGCAUCUACGUGCUGAUAACAUCCUGUGACCCUCUCAGGGUUUUUGUGUACAACGAAGGGCUGGCUCGCUUCGCCACCAGCUGCUACUCUCACCCCUGCACAGAGAACCUGGAUGACAUCUGCAUGCACCUGACUAACUAUUCCAUCAACAAGCACAGUUCCAACUUCAUUCAAGACGCGCACUCAGGCAGCAAGAGGAAGCUCUCCACCUUCAACGAGUACAUGGAGAGCCGCGGCCACGACCUGAAGCAGAUCUGGGAGGACAUCGAGGACAUGAUCAUCAAGACCAUCAUCUCCGCCCACCCCAUCAUCAAGCACAACUACCACACCUGCUUCCCCAACCACACGCUCAACAGCGCCUGCUUUGAGAUCCUGGGCUUCGACGUCCUCUUGGACCACAAACUCAAGCCCUGGCUGCUGGAGGUCAACCACUCUCCAAGCUUCUCCACCGACUCGAGGCUGGACAGAGACGUGAAGGACAGUCUGCUGUACGACACCCUGGUCCUGAUCAACCUGGGAAGCUGUGACAAAAAGAGAGUGCUGGAGGAGGAGAGGCUGCGGGGCCGCUUCCUGCAGCAGUGCCGCUCACGGGAGAGCAGGAUGGAGGAAGCCCAAGGCUUCCAGGCUAUGUGGUUAGCAAAAACUGAGAAAUACGAGAAGGAAAACCACGGCGGGUUCCGGCUGAUUUACCCCAGUCUGAAUUCGGAGAAGUACGAGAAGUUUUUCCAGGACAACAGCUCGGUCUUCCAGAACACGGCUGCUUCCAGGGCCCGGGAGGUGUACGCCCGGCAGCUGAUCCAGGAGCUGAGAAUUAAACAGGAGAGCAAAUCCCUUCAAAGGAGAGAGAAGGCCAACAGGCAGGGGGAGUCGGCGGGUGAGCGAGUGAGAGGCAAGAGCACCAGGAUGUGGCGGCAGACACAGCCCCAGAAGUGCAAGGUCACCACCUGCGCCUCCAAACAACCCUUCCAGCCAUUGUCGCUAGUGUCCUGCAUCCCAGACUUGCUCUUGAGUGUCAGAGAUUUAAAGAAAAACGAGCCAGAUGGCAGCUCCCACCCGAAGGCUUCCAGGAGGAAAGCUGGCCCUGCUCCCCACAAGUCCGCACCUACACGGCACUACAGCUCCGUACCUGACCUGAGGAAUUCAAGUCUCAGCUGCUCAGGGCUGGAGCUCCAUAAACCCAGCUCCAGAACCAAGAAGGCCAAGUCUACCUCUGCUGUGUGCAUUUUCCCUGGCGCUGGACCUUUAGCCUCUGUAGAAUCCUCCCCAGAAUCUACCACCCCAGUCUCGGCCUCCUCAGAGUCUCCGCCAAACCCGACCCUGAGCACCAGCUCUGAGCGCAGCAGCCCAGGCACGGUCAGGCUGGUCUCCUUUCAAAAAUGCAAGCUGCAGCAGAUCCCCCGGCCGCCCACCUGGGAGAAGAUAGCAAAACCUGCUCCCAUGACAAAAUGCCACAGCUUCUCGGAGAGCCUGAGCCCAAGCUGGAUGUGGCCGAAGAAUGACAGGGAGAGAUGGCACCUGAUGUCAGAGCUAUUCCCCAGGGCCCAUCAGCCGAGGAAGACGCACUCCUUGUGCCUGUCACACUACAACCCCAAGAUGGUGCUGGGUGCCCGGUUGCAACGCCCCUCCCUGCCUAGGGAAUGCCGCUCGGGCGGCCGCAGCUCUGGCAAGAAGAGGCGGCCACAACAGCCGGACGUCGCUGCCCUCCUCCUCCUGCAGAGCCCUCGCCACCAGGGGGCAUCACCAAAAGACCUCCUGGUGGUGUCCACUCCAGCUCGACUGGACCCGAGGCCUGGCGGAAGCCGUACAGGUGCUGCGAGGGACCCGUGCACGCCGGACCGGGAAGCAUACGGUCACUGCCUGAUCUCUGGCCCACAAGGAUGCGACAGGAACUAGAAUCUGGAUUGCUGCCAUUAUUUCCAUUCCUACCUCCUACUGCUAGGAAGUGAUCGCUGUCUCCCCACAACGUCUCUGGCAUCCACUGGAAGUCUCAUUGCCUCAUCUAGAUACCCCGGUCUGAUAAAUCCCUCCCACUAGCACCACUGAGGCCGACAGUCUUGCCUUUGCUUAGCUUACUGUGCUAUGGGCCUGUGACUUCCACGGCCCGAUGGGUGCUGCCCCAGGACUCACUCCAGUUGCCCUACCAGUGGUCCUCCCACAGUGCCAUCCUCCAGGGCACUGCCCCAGGUAGAGCAACCUGCAGGGAGACGCGUUUCAGAGAAGGACUCGGCACUCCAAGGAGCCGGAGUCCUCCGUCCGCCACCUGGCCUGUGCCAGUUGGUCCUCAUCUCUCAAGAUAAAGGACAAGGCUGGGCAUGACGGAGAACUCAGGGCCCUGAGUUAGGAGAACUGGGGCAGCUGCAACAUCACCACAUACCAGUCAGACGCCCUUCCCGCUCUGGCCAGCCCUGAGAGCCACCGCUGCUACCUCGGAGCCCACAUGUCCCAGCCCGACUCAGCCUCGUCGGUGAAGUCAGAGGGGAGGUGUCAGCAGCCAGCCUACAGAAAUGCGGCCCCUUCCCUUCUGGUGCACAUCAGUGCAAUGAGUGACCGUGUUCAAUGUCAGCAGCAGGGGCCUGACUCGGGGAGAGUGGGGUGGGGGUGGGGGAGAUCGUUCUGACACCCCCAAGAAGGGAGCUCCAGAUCCAUUGGAAAGUCAUCAGGAGACGUUUUGCAGAAUUUCUGGGGGACAGAUGGCCUGCAGUGAACCCUGCCCUUCUUCCUGAGCCUGGGCCACCCUUCGUCCGAGCCUGGGCUGGCCCUCUCCAGAGCACUGUGGCUCCUCUGCCUCUGCCCAGUGCCAGGCCUGAGAGACUCCAGGGAUCACAUUGCACCAAUCCUGCCAGGUCCCUCUCUCUGCUCUCUAGGAACAUGACCUAGGACUUUUGCUUCCCUAGCUCACCCUGUGUUGCAUCCUUGGUGAGAGUUUUGGUGGGGGAGGGUGGAGCAGGCAUGGAGGAAGAUAAGCACCUGUCUCGCAGCGCAUUGACACAACUUUGCCUUGUGGGUUCCCAGAACCAGGAAUUUCUAGCCUCAAGGAUGUCAGAGGAUUCUGGGAUACUUGAACCCCAGAAUACCUCUCAGUCAACAGCCUUUUGUCAUCCAGGGUAUUAAAUGGAGAGGUGGGACUUGAGUCUCUUGUGUCUGGCUGUGAACACACACAUACAUGCACACACGUGUGCACAUUUCUGGGCCUGGUCUUAAGGAUUCUUGGUAUAGGGGUCUUUUCAAUAAGUCAAGGCCGGCUUGGAUGGCAGAAGAUGAAGGCCUUGGUUAGCACAAGCAGACAAGUGAAAGGUCAGGUUUCACCCGCACUCAUCAGUCCCUUCCUGAUGCUCAGAGCAGACCGCCCCAGGCCAGUCUUCCCCCUGUGGUUACCAUUUGCCAUAGAUGAUAGCCUGGCCCAAGACAAAAUAUAAGACUUGCUGGUACAGGGAUUCCUCAAAGCUCUCCAUCUCUCUCCAUCUCUUCCGUUUUCUCCCUCCUCACCAGCGCCAGCCAGUCAAGGGUUGUGCGCUGAUACAAAGGUGUGCAUGGAGCAGGGGUUAAGUCGCUGCUCGCAGUGACCACAUCCCACAUCACCUGCUGUCUCCCAGGAUCUGCUUUAGCGGGAAACUAGAACCAGGAACCGGGAACUCUUGAUGU